AUGGCUGCAACACUCUUGUCCUCCUCUAUGGCUCUCGCUCUGCUUCCACUCCUGCUGCUAGCAGCCGCGUCCAUUCCCUCUCUUGCUUCAGCUUCACCUGCCCUCGACCAUGGUUUGGAUGGCGAGGAGCUGCUGAUGCUGGGGAGGUUCCAUGGGUGGAUGGCGGCGCACGGCCGGUCGUACGCCAACGAAGAGGAGAAGCUUCGCCGCUUCAAGAUAUACCGAAGCAACAUGGAGUUGAUCGAGGCGGCCAACCAGGAUGGCCGGAUGAGCUACCAGCUCGGCGAGACACCAUUCACCGACCUCACCCAUGAUGAGUUCAUGGCCCAGUACAGCAGCAAUCUGUUGUCCUCAGUGCCGCCGGAGGAGGAGAUGAUCACGACUCGCGCUGGCGUCGUCCAUGAGGGAGGUGGCCAUGGCGGUGAUCUCCCUCUCGCCGCCGGUGAGGAGCCACCGCGUCCUACCAAUCUGACAUCAUUGCCGGCAAGCAUUGAUUGGAGGAUGAUGGGCGUCGUCACGGUACCAAAGAAUCAAGGCGCUUGUGGGUCUUGCUGGGCGUUCGCGUCGGUGGCGACGAUAGAGAGCGCACAGGCAAUACGCACACGAAGAGUGCCUCCACUCCUGUCGGAGCAGCAGCUGGUAGACUGCGACGGGUACGACCAAGGCUGCCGUGGCGGCUUUUUGGGCAAUGCAUUCCGAUGGGUGAUCCAGAACGGGGGCAUCACCUGGGCCCCGUGGUACCCCUACACCGGUAUGUCUGGUAUGUGCCAGAGAUUCAAGCCUGCUGUGGUGAGGCUUCGGAGCUACCGGUGGGUUGCGCCCAACGAGGUGUCGCUCAUGCAGGCCGUGGCGCAGCAGCCCGUCGCGGUGACCAUCGACGCUAGCGACCCCUGUUUCCAGCAUUACUACCGCGGCGUGUACGACGGAAGGUGCUUCUGGAACGGCGUCUACAUCGGCGGGGCGUGCGGGACGGCGCCGAACCACGCGAUAGCCAUCGUCGGCUACGGGACCAAGCCGGGCGGAACCAAGUACUGGAUCGGCAAGAACUCGUGGAGUGUGAGGUGGGGUGACCAAGGUUUCGUUUACCUCCUCAGGGACUCUGCACGCGUAGGAGUGUGCGGCGUUGCUCAGCAAGCGUGCUACCCUAUCAUCUGAUCAUCCCAGUCGCCAAAUCGCCACGCACCUCAUAUGUUUGCCGGCCUCCAUGUGCUUGCAUUCAUGUUUUCACCAUACCUUGCUGUUUACUCAUGUAUACUCCAUUGUUGCAGUAUGCAUGCUACAUGUGUAUGCGCGUACUGUAUGUUUGUACUUUAUACAUGUAUCAUUGCAAGGGUUAGGAUGCUACACAUGCAUCGUUGCCUAUGAAUAAACAUAAUACUCUUUGUAUAA